AAUUCACAACCUCAUUCUCCAACGAAUUCACCAUGGUAAUUGACGAAUAUGAAACCCUAACCUACAACAAACUCUUCCAAUCCGUCGAGCUUUACCUACAUCCUGACAUCGCUCAACACCUUAAGCGAUUCAAAACCGUAAUGCGACCUAAGGAGCAUAAUGUCUCCAUCGUAAUCGAUCGCAACGAAGAAAUCCUCCACAAGUUCAAAGGCGUUGAUUUCAAAUGGAGAUUAAUCAUACAAGCGAUUCCGCCAACGUACAUUAGAAGAUCUGGAGGAAGUAACGAACAUCACACCAUGGUGAAAUCAAGUGUUCGUUGCUUUGAGGUAAGGUUUCAUAAGAAUCACAGAGACAUGGCUUUAUCUGAGUACUUUCCAUUUGUAAUGGAAAAAGCUAAAGAAGUUCAAGAGGAACAGAAGACACCGAAGCUUUUCACUCUCACGAACGAUAGAGUGUUGAAAAGAUUCGGAGAUAUGUGGCAAUCUGUGGCUCUCGAUCAUCCUGCUACAUUUGAGUCAUUAGCGAUGGAUUCUGAGUUGAGGAAUAUGAUACUUGAUGAUUUGGAUCUCUUUCUGGAGCGUAAGGAGUUCUAUAAGAGGGUUGGUAAACCUUGAAAAAGAGGUUAUUUGUUGUAUGGUCCACCAGGGUGUGGAAAAUCAAGUUUGAUUGCUGCUAUGGCUAAUUACGUUAAUUUCGAUAUUUAUGAUUUGCAAUUAGGUGAUGUUCUGCAUAAUGCCGAGCUUAGGAGUUUGUUGAUGUCAACACGGAAUCGUUCUAUACUUGUUGUUGAGGAUAUUGAUUGUACUCUUCAGCUUCAUAACCGUCUUGCAUUUAGAGUUCCUCCUUGGCUUGCUGAUAAGCCUCCGGUGACUUUAUCAGGAAUCCUCAAUCUCAUUGAUGGUUUAUGGUCUAGCUGUGGGGAAGAGAGGAUCAUAGUGUUCACUACCAAUCACAUAGACAAAUUGGACCCUGCUCUGCUGCGGCCAGGGCGCAUGGAUGUACACAUCUCUUUGUCUUACUGCAGCCCGCGUGGGUUCAGAGAGCUGGCUUUGAAUUACCUUAUGAUGAAAGAGCACCCACUUUUUGUUGAGGAUGACAAGUUGCUGGAGAAGGCCAAGAUCACUCCUGCAGAGGUGGGUGAGCAUUUUUUACAGAAUGAAGACCCUGAAACUGCAAUAAGAAGCUUGGUUGAGCUUCUUGAAAAGAUGGGACGAAAUCAUUGUGAAAAUAAAGCUAUCAAAGAUGUCACCACUGAUUCAUUUAAAGCCUUUGGUUUUGAAACUGAAGGUUGAUAAGGGAAAAAUAGUAGAACUAGAGUUGAAAGAUUGAUAUGUGUUGAGAUGGGGCAUAAAACGAAGAAGCGUGCCUGACUAUGGUCUUCUUUGAAUUUGAAUGUUGCUAGCAAUUUUUCAUUUUCUUACAGAACUUUUGAAAAGACUCAUAGCAAGUUCGUUACUAAUUGA